AUGGGAAUCGAAGACACACCCCACUCUGGGCUAGCAGAGAGGACUCCAAUGACGGAGAGAACCAAAGAUAAAGGUCUGGCAUUCCCUUCAGCACACGAUGACCCUAUGGACCACGACAAUCAGACACCCAACGCGGCGGAGCGACGCCGUGUCAUUGCCGUUGAGUCGUCUCAACGUCUUUUUGUUGAGAAAGACCACCGUGACCGCAUCAUUGACUCAAUGGGUUUGGAGAUCACUGAGCUUCGUACCCAAUUGUUGAAGUUCAUGGCGACCCCAGCGGAGCCAAGAAAAUCCGUUGGUGGACCAUCGCAAAGGAGACAUACUCCUCCGCCGCUUCACAAGGAGCACUCCAGCCGUGGCCCUGCUCAUAGAGGGCGUAGCCGGCCGAUUUCGGUGCAUAGUGAAGGGGCCAGCAGUAGGACGAAUAACCUUAAAAAUAACCAACGAGGGAAUUCUCAUAAAAGGCAAAGGACUGUCAGCCGCCUAUCUGGAACCUUUCAUUAUCGCCAUGACGAGCGGCCGCAAGAUUUGAGAAGUUGGCUGAACGAUAACAGAGGAGAGGUACGACGGCUAUGCAGGGAAGGAGAACGUCGAGGAGAUAGGGAGGAGGACCGCCGGCUCAGCAGGGAAAGGGACCAGUUAGACCGGUCCAUACACCAACAAGAGCAUCGUGCUCUAGACCGGUUGGUGUCCACCCCCUUCUCCCCAGAGGUAGAAGCUGUAGAACCUCCACGGAAGUAUAGCCCGCCGAAAUUCAUUCUCUAUGAUGGAAAGACGAACCCUCUGACCCACAUCAGCCAUUACCGCCAGAUGAUGUCCCUCUGGAACCGUAACGACGCACUCAUAUGCAAAGUCUUCCCCUCUAGCCUUGGAGAACUUGGCCUCCGAUGGUUUGACAAACUCCCCAAUGGCUCAAUUUAUGACUGGACGCAGCUCUCGGAGACGUUCUUAGCCCGAUUCGUCUCCAACAGCAGGGUCCCAAAGCAGUUAGAUACCUUGUUCAAUAUCCGAAAGGACAGGAAAGAAACCCUACGCCAGUACGCGCGACGGUAUUGGGAGGAGUAUGGUGACCUGGAGGAAAAUGUUUGCAGUGAACAAUUGGCCGUGCUAUACUUCAAGCAAGGCCUACCUCCUUCGCACAAGCUAAGACAGUCGUUGACGAAACGACAUGCCUCCACCAUGAAGGAUUUGAGGGCUCAAAUAGAGCAACAAGCUCGCGUGGAAGAUGACGCUGCUUCAGUACAUGUUGCUGUUGCUGAAGAAGAAGUCAGACCGCCUCGACCGCCUAAGACUGAGCAGCCAAGGAGGGAUGAGCAGCGCAAGAACUAUGGCCAAAGGAACCGCUCCACAGUAGAAAACGAGGAGGAAAGGGCCAAGUCUUAUGAAGGCAUCACCACCGUCUUCAAAGAGCCAAUAUACAGGCUCGUCGAGAAACUUAAAGGGGAAGCCUUCUUUGUCUGGCCAGCUAAGAUGCCUGGAGACCCUGCUCGGCGCAAUCAGACACUGCGUUGCACCUAUCAUCGAGAGAAGGGACACAAGACGCAAAAUUGCAGAGCUCUCAAACAACACUUGGAGGACUUAGUUACGGCGGGACACCUCCAACAAUGGAUAGACGUUGAUAAGACGAGGGAAAAGAAAGGACUAGACCAAGCCCCCCUUGAAGAGAACCAUGCCCCGAGGUUGGUCAUCAAUGUUAUCCAUGGAAUGACUGACCCCGAAAGAGAAAACACCAUUCGAGGGGAAAUCCAACGAGCCACCCACAUUCAGCAGGUAAUGUCGGUAGGACCUCCUCCCAAAAAGUCCAAGACAGAAGCCAGACCUUCUCGGUUUAACGUCGUGUUCACCGAAAGGGACCUAGAGGGAAUCCAGCACCCCCACACAGAUGCCCUCAUCGUUACAGUUGGUGUGGCCAACAAGUUCGAUGUGAAGCGAGUCUUGAUUGACCAAGGAAGUGCCGCAGACAUCAUGUAUUAUGAGCUUUUCAAGAAGCUCGGCCUCAGUGAGCAACACCUGACACCUGCCACCUCCCCUUUAGUUGGCUUUAACUCGCAAACAGAAUGGCCGCUCGGCCGAAUAACUCUGCCUAUCAUAGCUAAGUCCAAGGUGGUCUCUGUUGACUUCUUGGUGGUAAACACCCCAUCUCCCUACAAUGCCAUCCUCGGCCGACCUUGGAUUCACCAGAUGGAGGCAGUCCCUUCCACCUAUCACCAACUCGUUCGCUUUCCAACCAAGUAUGGAGUAGAGGAGAUUCGUGGAGACCAAGUGGCAGCCAAACACUGCUUCAUUGCCGCCAUGAAAACCAAACAAGUCUGCGACCAAGUACAGAUGGUAGAAGUACCUGACCAGCCGGUUUUGGAAGACGUCGGCGGAGUGCCGACUGAGAAGAUGGUGGAGGACCUAGAGACGGUCUUGGUAGAAGAAGGAAACCCAGAUAAGUUCUUCCUGCUCGGCACUUCCCUCACAGUUGGAGAGAAAGAGCAAUUACUGGCUCUACUCCGUAAACACAUCGAAGUGUUCGCCUGGUCGGCCUAUGACACUCCUGGGUUGGACCCCAACUAUGCCUGUCAUCGACUCAACGUCCAAUUAGGAGCGCAGCCAGUUAUUCAGAAGAGUAGACGAUCAUCCGCGCAACACACCGAUGCAGUGAUCGAAGAUGUGGACAAACUUUUGGCUGCUGGAGUCAUUCGAGAAGUGCAGUACCCAAAAUGGCUGUCCAACACCGUUGUGGUGAAAAAGAAGAAUGCUUGCCCCAAGGAUAGCUUCCCCCUUCCACGAAUAGAUCAACUUGUUGACGCAACGGCUGGACAUGAGCGCAUGAGCUUUCUAGACGCCUAUAGUGGCUACCACCAGAUCCCUAUGUUCAGUCCUGACCAGGAGAAAACGGCUUUCAUCAGCCUUAGAGGCAUUUACUGCUACAAAGUGAUGCCCUUCGGCUUGAAAAACGCUGGUGCGACCUACCAACGAAUGGUCACCAAAAUGUUCAAGGACCAGCUUGGUAAAACCAUGGAAGCAUACAUUGAUGACAUGGUCGUCAAAAGAAAGUUGGUCGCGCACCAUCUAAGGGACCUUGAGCAAGUGUUUGGAAUUCUAAAGACUCACAAGCUUCAAUUGAACGCCUCAAAAUGUGCCUUUGGAGUAGGAUCAGGGAAGUUCUUGGGGUAUAUGGUGACUAGGCGGGGCAUUGAAGCCAACCCCGCCCAAAUCAAAGCCCUCCAAGACCUUGAAGCACCUACAAAGGCUAAAGAACUCCAGAAAUUCGCUGGUAUGGCUACAACACUUAACCGUUUCAUCAGUCAGUCCUCUGAUCGGAUGAAGCCCUUCUUCCAACUUCUAAAGAAGAAAACUAGUUUUGAGUGGGGAAGUCAGUGCUCCGAAGCGCUAGAAGAUUUGAAGAAGUAUUUGUUCUCUCCUCCCCUUCUAUCAACACUUGUCGCCAACGAAGAGCUUUUCCUUUACUUGGCUGUCUCUGAUCAUGCUGUCAGUGCAGUGCUAGCCAGAGAGGAUGGGAAGGAGCAAAAACCAGUGUAUUAUGUUAGCAAGACACUCCUUGAUGCCGAAACUAGAUACUUGCCAUUGGAGAAAUUGGCAUAUGCACUAUUAAUUGCCUCUAGAAAGCUUGUCACUAUUUUCAAGGCAUACCAUCAACGUCCUCACUGA